AUGUUUGGAUCAAAGAAGAAGGCCCAGUUCAACGAUUUAGACUUUAUCAGUGGUCUUCCUGAUGAUAUCCUAUUGACAAUUCUCUCUCUUCUUCCGAUCGAUGAGGCUGUGAGAAGCACCAUCCUUUCAAAGAGAUGGAAAUCACUGUGGAAAAAAAUCUUUCAUUUUGAUCUGCACGUGAAGCACAUGAUCAAACCCUUAACCCAGCUAGAGAUUUCAUCACCAUCUGCUCAAUUAGAUUACAUCCUCAAGCUUCCUAAUUAUCAAGGGAUUCGCAGGUACAACAUAAUCAUCUUCUUGCUCUUACAUCAACACCGAGGUUGUCUCAAAAGCUGCAAGCUCACACACUUCCCACAGAAGGAUAUUCAGAUUAACCUUUCUGUUUUAUUUGAGAGACAAAAAAACAUCGAUGAACUAAGCCUUGAAUGUAUUCCCUUAAAUGGUGAAAAGGUUCAACGUUUUCUAGGGUUAGAGCCUUAUGGGAUCUUUUCCUCUUUGUCUUCACUUGAGGUUGUGAAUUACUACCUCGAAUCUUCAUUCCCUUUUGGGGGCUGUGUUAAGCUGAGAACCUUGAAACUUAAAAUGGUCUACGUGGAAGAUAAGACUCUUGAUGCGAUUCUUAGGAGGUGUCGCAACCUGGAAAGUCUUAGCCUCUUGGGGUGUUCUAAACUCAAGAACAUGAAGAUUCUUCAUGUCAAGCUCAAGUUCUUGGAGCUUAGGGCUUUAUGUGUGGACCAGAUAUUUGUUUGUGCUUCAAGCCUGGAGGUUCUAGAUCUUUCUUCUUUGGCUUGUCGCCGUUUGAGUUUCGUGAUUAUUGCUCCUCAGCUUAGGGUUUUUCAAUCUCACAAUAAACCAAAAUCGCACGAAGGACUUGUUAUUCGCAGAGGAAAUAAUUCUGUUCUUCUGAGAACUCAUGAGAUUCUGGAGACUUUGGCUUUUCCUCCUGGAUCUCCAACAAGCAACAUUUUUGGGGCUUAUUUAUCAUCCUUGAUCAUUGACUUGGAUUUGAAAAUCAAAAGAGCUACCCAGAUACUUUCAUUCAUAUUGAGAUCCUGUUUAAAUUUGGAAACUCUGAAAAUUAUUACUCCGGUCUGCAGAGGUUCAAAGUUCAACCCUGUCCCUGAUGCUGAUAUGAAAUAUCCUAUGCUUUGGGAGAGAAGUGAUGAUGUGUGCCAUUGUGUUCAUCAAACCCUCAAGUUUGUGUCCAUCGUUGGAUUUACAGGCAGCCAACUUGAAGCGGAUUUUGUGAAGCACCUCAUAACCAGAGCUUCCUAUUUGCAGAAGAUUACUAUCGUCUGUAAGAGCUCCAAGAAAGAGGUAAAAUUUCUGGUGCCUCUGGAAGAUCACAAAGCUUCGGCUAAUCUCUCCAUCAUGGUCAAGAUUGCAAGAACCAAAAGUCCUCUUAUUGAGCUCAGUGAACUUUACAAGAACAAGUCCAGAAAUUGCUUCAUCAUCAAGAAGUGA